AUGCUGGUGCGAUUCGGGGGCGGAUUCGGGAUUUGGGCGGCCAGCGCCAGCGCCGGAACCACCCUGGCCCUUCUCCUCCGAGGGAAUGUUGCCCACGCGCUGCAGAGCGGCGCACCGACUGGGCCACAUCUCGACACGCUCGACCCGCAGACCUUCAAAGAGGGCCAGGCCGAGCUGGCGCGCGACAUGAUCGUCCAGGCGCAGCGGAUCGAGUACCUGGCGUCGGAGCUGCCGGGCCUGCAGAACAGCGAGCGCGACCAGCUGCGCAUCAUCAGCGGGCUGGAGGAGGAGAUUGCCGGGCUGGAGGCGCAGCGGCUGGAGGCGGUCCGCGAGCGGGACGAGGUGUUUGGGCAGCUGGAUGCGUUGUUGCGGAGCUUGCAGCGGCCAUGA